GAACCAAUCAGAGAUGGACCCUGAGCUCCCUUGAGACACCGGCCUGCGCUGCUGGCUCCUCCCCCUUUCUUUUCCUUCCCUCCAAUCUUUCCUUCUCUUUUUUUCCACAGGCACUGGGUUUUCUCCCAGCUGUUCCUCCUGUCAGGCCCUACAUGGCGUCACCGAGCUCCACCAACCCAGCACAUGACCACUUUGAGACCUUUGUGCAGGCACAGCUGUGCCAGGAUGUAUUGAGUAGCUUUCAGGGGCUCUGUAGAGCCCUGGGAGUGGAGUCUGGUGGGGGAUUGUCCCAGUACCACAAGAUCAAGGCCCAGCUUAACUACUGGAGUGCCAAGUCACUGUGGGCCAAGUUGGACAAGAGAGCGGGCCAGCCUGUGUACCAGCAAGGCCAGGCCUGUACCAAUACCAAGUGUCUCGUGGUAGGUGCUGGGCCUUGCGGACUUCGGACUGCUGUGGAGUUGGCACUGUUAGGUGCCCGAGUGGUGCUUGUGGAGAAGCGCACCAAGUUUUCUAGGCACAAUGUGCUCCAUCUCUGGCCCUUCACCAUCCAUGACCUUCGGGCACUUGGGGCCAAGAAGUUCUACGGGCGCUUCUGUACUGGUACCCUGGACCAUAUCAGCAUCCGACAGCUUCAGCUGCUUCUACUGAAGGUGGCCUUACUGUUGGGGGUGGAGAUUCACUGGGGCGUGGCAUUCACUGGCCUCCAGCCCCCUCCCAGAAAAGCCUGACCUGGGAGUGUAGGGCCCCUCUGACCUCUACACCUUUGUGGCUCUCAUGCUCUCUGUCUCAGGGAGUGGCUGGCGUGCUCAGCUCCAGCCCAACCCCCCAGCCCAACUGGCCAGCUAUGAGUUUGAUGUCCUCAUCUCGGCUGCAGGAGGCAAAUUUGUCCCUGAAGGCUUCACCAUACGAGAGAUGCGUGGCAAACUGGCCAUUGGCAUCACAGCCAACUUUGUGAACGGGCGCACGGUGGAGGAGACACAGGUGCCGGAGAUCAGUGGUGUAGCUCGGAUCUACAACCAAAAAUUCUUCCAGAGCCUGCUCAAAGCCACAGGUAUUGAUCUGGAGAACAUUGUGUACUACAAGGAUGAUACCCACUACUUUGUCAUGACAGCCAAGAAGCAGUGCCUACUGAGGCUGGGGGUGCUGCGCCAGGACUUGUCAGAAACUGAUCAGCUGCUGGGCAAAGCCAAUGUGGUACCGGAGGCUCUGCAGCGCUUUGCCAGAGCAGCUGCUGACUUCGCCACACACGGCCAACUUGGGAAACUAGAGUUUGCUCAGGAUGCUCGCGGGCGGCCUGAUGUGGCGGCCUUUGACUUCACAAGCAUGAUGCGGGCAGAGAGUUCCGCUCGUGUCCAAGAAAAGCACGGUGCCCGCCUACUGCUGGGGCUGGUGGGGGACUGCCUAGUGGAGCCCUUCUGGCCUCUGGGCACUGGAGUGGCCCGAGGCUUCUUGGCAGCCUUCGAUGCAGCCUGGAUGGUGAAGCGGUGGGCAGAGGGCGCUGGGCCGCUAGAGGUGUUGGCUGAACGUGAGAGCUUGUACCAGCUUCUGUCACAAACAUCCCCUGAGAAUAUGCAUCGAAAUGUAGCCCAGUAUGGGUUGGACCCUGCCACCCGAUACCCCAACCUGAACCUCCGGGCUGUAACCCCCAAUCAGGUACAGGACCUCUAUGAUGUGGUGGACAAGGAGCAUACUCAGAGGAAGAGUGACGAGCCGGAUGCCAGGAGGACAGCCACAGGGUCCGCAGGCACGGAGGAGCUUCUGCACUGGUGCCAGGAGCAGACAGCUGGCUUUCCUGGAGUCCAUGUCACUGACUUUUCUUCCUCGUGGGCUGAUGGGCUAGCUCUGUGUGCCCUGGUACACCACCUACAGCCUGGCCUGCUGGAACCCUCGGAGCUGCAGGGCAUGGGAGCUCUAGAAGCCACUGCUUGGGCACUGAGGGUAGCAGAACAUGAGCUGGGCAUCACACCAGUGUUGUCUGCACAGGCAGUCAUGGCUGGCAGUGACCCACUGGGUCUCAUUGCCUACCUCAGCCACUUCCACAGUGCCUUCAAGAACACCAGCCAUAGCUCAGGCCUUGCCAGCCAGCCCCCUGGGACCCCCAGUGCUAUACUUUUCCUUGGCAAACUCCAGAGGAGCCUACAACGGACCCGGACCAAGGUAGACGAGGAGACUCCGAGCACUGAGGAGCCGCCUGACUCUGAACCCAGUGUGCCUCCAAACAUUCCAGUGCCCUCUGAACUCCAGGAGGCUGGGGCAGAGGAGCUGUGUGAACUCUGUGGAAAACACCUCUACAUCCUAGAACGCUUCUGUGUGGAUGGCCAUUUCUUCCACCGGGUCUGCUUCUGCUGCCAUACCUGUGAGGCCACAUUGUGGCCAGGUGGCUAUGGGCAACAUCCAGGAGAUGGACAUUUCUACUGUCUCCAACACCUACCCCAGGAGGACCAAAAGGAGGCUGACAACAAUGGAAGUCUGGAGAGCCAGGAGCUCCCUCCGCCAGGAGACAUGCAGCCAGACCCCUCCUCUCCUGUACCUCCUGAGACGAGGGUCAGCCCUGUACCCAGCCCCAGCCAGCCUGCACGCCGGCUGAUCCGACUUUCCAGUUUAGAACGCCUGCGGCUGUCCUCCCUGAAUAUCAUCCCUGACUCAGGAGCGGAGCCUCCUCCCAAACCCCCACGGAGCUGCUUAGACCUGGCCCGAGAAUCCCUGCAGAGCAGCUUUGUGGGCUGGGGUGUGCCAGGCCCCGCACCGGAAGUUCCUGAGGCCAUAGAGAAGGGGGAGGAAGAGGAGGAGGAGGAAGAGGAAGAGGAGGAGGGGGAGCCACUGCCACCUUUGGAGCCCAACUUGGAGCAGACCCUGAUGACCUUGGCCAAGAAUCCAGGUGCCAUGACUAAGUACCCAACGUGGCAUCGAACCCUCAUGCGCCGUGCCAAAGAGGAAGAGAUGAAGAGGUUUUGCAAGGCCCAGGCCAUCCAGCGAAGACUGAACGAGAUUGAGGCCGCUAUGCGGGAGCUGGAGGCCGAAGGCACGAAGCUGGAGCUGGCCUUGAGGAGAGAGAGUCGCUCUCCAGAACAGCAGAAGAAACUCUGGCUGGAGCAGCUGCUACAGCUCAUUCAGAAGAAGAACAGCCUAGUGACCGAAGAGGCCGAGCUCAUGAUCACGGUGCAGGAGUUGGAUCUGGAAGAGAAACAGCGGCAGCUGGACCAUGAGUUGCGGGGCUACAUGAACCAGAAAGUAACUCUGAAGACAGAGGCCGAUCUGCAGUCUGAGGACCAGAUCCUAAGGAAGCUGUUGGAGGUGGUGAACCAGCGGGAUGCUCUGAUCCAAUUCCAGGAGGAACGAAGGCUCAGAGAGAUGCCUGUAUAGAUGGAGCCCAGGGCUAAAAGAUGAUGGUUAGCUGCCUCCCUGCCCUGUAAGCAAGACACCAUCACAAGGGCUGUGCCUCCGCCAUCUGGACUGCCUAGUCAGGGGCUUCGUUGUUUACAAUAAAAGGAUUAUGAC